GGUCCAUCCCGCUCCCUCGCUCGCACCCGGGGAAGGCUGCACCCUCAUCACGUACGGCCCCGCCCAGCCCAGCCACCGGCAAAAGCGGAGCCACACCAGCGCGGCAGCGACACGCCAUCAGUCGGCAUUUGCUUUCUUGCCUCCUCACCUCCUCAGCACCGCAACGCCAGCAGAGGUCGGGGCUCGCGCGGCUGCACAGUCCACGGCACACGGCGGCGGAGUGGGGUCGAGCUAGCUGGUGGCGAUGGGGAUCCACCUGCUGGCGUUCGCGGGGGCGAGGAUCUUCGUGCAGGUGUUCCAGGUCUCGGCGCCGCUGCUGUGGCCGCUCAACCUCUGGCUGCCGCUCGCGCGCCGCCUGCCCGAGGCCUGCGCCGUCGCCCGCGCCGCGCUCGCCGCCCACGUCGCGUGGCUGCGCCGGGCGUGCCGUCCCGGCGCCCCCGUCUGGAGCCGCCGCGAUGACGGGGUAUACCGCCGGGCGGUGCUCGACGUCGCCUACUACUGAGAGUCUGAGACGCUGGAGCCGUUCGAGACUCGGAGGCAGUAGCAGUGAUUGAGUUUCUCAAGUAAAUUAGAGUAGUGGUUAAUUUCAGUUUGUUCCUUUUUUAGGAUAUUUUGGAUUUCUUUUUCUUGGGCUAGCUAAAUUAGCUACAUGCUUGUGUCUUCCGAGCAAUGCCUGGUGUGAGUGUGGGUUGUAAUUAACCAGGAUUCGCAAAUAGUACAACUGUACAAGUGAUUUGUUCA